CACUCUUUUCACUAGAACACACACACACACACACACACACGCCGUAUUUAACCUCGUGUGGCUUCCUGUUCAACAUUUUCCACCACCUGCAUUGCAUGAAGCAACAAUCUUCGUUAUAACUGAUCUUAAAAGCUGUGAUUCGCAUGAAGGGAGAUUUAUCGUGGUUUCUGUUUUUAGAUUAAGCCGCCGGCACAAAACAUGGUUAAUGACACCAUGAACACGACGUACGCUGUGGUGUUUGGAUCUGUUAUGGCACUGGGUCUGCCUCUCAAUGCCGUGUCGCUGUGGAUAUUGUUACGCUGCCACAGUAUUAAAUCGCCCAGUGCAGUCUUCAUGGUCAACCUGGCAAUCUCAGACCUGCUGCUCGUCAUCUCCUUGCCUAUGAGGAUCUACUUUUACGCCACAAGCAGCUGGCCUCUAAGCAAUAUGGCGUGCAUCUGGAUUACAAUGCUCUUUCGCAACAACAUCCGCUCCAGCUCCAUCUUCAUCACCUUCAUCAGCGUGGACCGACUGCUGGCCGUGGUUUAUCCUCUGAGGUCACGGCAUCUUCGAAUCUCUUCCAACGCGUGGAAAGCUGCUGCACUCAUUUGGCUGUUUGUGUUGGUGGUGAACAUCCCAGAGAGUGUAUACUUUUCAAAAUUUUUAAACAACAACACUGAACACUCCUGUUUUGAAUUUAAAGAACGGAGGAAAUCAUAUAUGUCUUAUUUUCAGUCUGUGCUAGUGCUCACCAUGCUGGCAGUCAACAUUGUGUGCACCGCUUUGGUGUCUUGGACUCUACACCGACAUCUGAAUGACUCCGCAAAGGUUAAGAACAAGGUGAAUGUCAUGCUUAUUUUUGUCACGAACUUGAUGAUGUUUACCAUAUUUUUCUUGCCUCUGUCAUUGUUGAUUUUCUUUGAAACAUGGAAAACUUCUCCCACGCCACUGAUAUGUCUUGCUAGUGUGAACUGCUGUCUGGAUCCUCUGUUGUAUUACUUUUCUUUUGAUGGUUUCUGGAAGAGAAAAGAGGAUGUGGAUACCUCUCUUGCAAGAGAAUAGUUGGUGAUAACAAUACAUAGGGACAUGUGGCACUGAAUACUGUUUAAACAGAUAAUGCAUUAUUGUGUGUUGUGUGCGACAUAAAGGGGAAAAGUUUAUUAUUGUACAAUUUUCAUCAAGUCUUUCACAAAUGUUUUUAUAAACAUUUUGAGUACAAAAAAAAGGUUUUAAUAGAGUUCUGCUGGGUUAUCUGAAACAGAGAUAUAGAUUACCAUCACAUUCAGUGUUUGUUUUUUUCUCUGCAUGUGUUACACAUAUCUCGUGUUUUUCAUAUCUGUGAACAGCUACAGCUAUGCAAGUGAAGCUACAUUUUUUUACUUCCCCAUCUGAGCUGCAAAAAUCUGAAAAAAACAAACAAAAAAAAUGGAUCCCCACCCAUCUCUGCAACAUGCCAUGACUAUAAAUAAAUCUUUCAUGACUGGCCUGUGAGAUCUGUGUUAGCUACAUGAACUUUAAGCAACAUUUAUACCUAUGCUAUCAUUAUAAGCAAUAAUGAGAAAGGCAAAUAGCCAAGCAAAGGUAAUUUGGAGCUGCCUCAAUUCAAGUGAUGUAAUCCUAAAAGUUAACACAAAAUGCUACUACUAUUGCUCAACAUUUCUAACAUAUUGCAAAUGAUUUGCAUCCAAAACACAUUUAAAACAGGUUCAAUUUAAAAAAAAACUUAACUUUCCCUACUGCCUUAAAUUUGUUUUAACUUGAAUAAUUUCUUAAAAGUUGGCUCAUGAGCUAAGUUUACUGCAUAUGUUUGAUAAACAUAAGAUAUGAUGUUUAAAUAACAGCUGUCACAAAUGUUCAUUCAUAGUCACAUUUUUUUUCCAAUGAAAUUCUCAGUUAUGUUCAAGUUAAAGCUGUGGUUGUACAUGUUGGGAGUAAAUACUAACAAUCAUCAGUAUAGUAUUAUAGUAUUGUUUCUGUUACUAUCAGAGGAAGCAACCACAAUUAAACAUGUAUAAAAAGACAAA